UAAUAUCAAGCCAAGUUUUUAAGACUUCUUAUCUAGCCGAUAAGCUAUUUUUUACAAAAAAUUGAGACGUAAGCUAUUUAUUAGUGUGCGGCAACCAGCACUUUUAUGUUAGAUAUUUGGACUACUUGAGACCACAAGACAUGUGGACUUUUCUUUUGAUGUUAGGUGAGUUCAUGUUGGUGUCUUAUGGCACGGCUAAUUUUUAAAAAGAAUAAAAUUUGAUCAAGCUACUGGAAUUUCGGCUUUUGUUGACUAAAAUAAUUGAAUUGCAGUGUGAAAAAUAAUUUAUACCAGUGUAUUUGAAUUUCAAAUAAAAAAUCUAGACCACGGUGACUAGACAUCUGUUCGCAUAAAGCUGAAUUUCACGCCAUGAAGUGAUAUGCGGCAUACCAGAGCUUCCCGUGCUAAAAGUCAGGUCCGAAUACCUUCUCUCGUGCCAUGCCCCGUGUGAGCCUCCGUGUCAGACCCCAUGCCCGCCUCACGUCCGUCGGCGGGGAAGCCCGGGGGGUGGGUGGGGGGAUUAAGAGCUCACGCUCGACGGCCCACCGACGUCAUUUCCCAAUGUGACGUAUUUAGUAUUUAGGGUGACUGGGUGGCCAAAUGGUCUAAACUGAGCAGACCUCAAGUUGGUUGUCUGGUGUUCAAGUCCAGCCAAAGGCCAGUCAAGCAAUAACAUCUCAUCUAAGAGAAGGAAACUCUGAAUUCAAACCCGGAGUUGGAGUCCCGUAAGGCGCAAACAAUGACAAUUCCUGCAACCGAACCCAUCCCUGGUCGUCUUGACGUAGAGUCUUGCCACUGGAUAUGGUGGGCUCGGACGAAAGAGUGAGCUAGACGCCGCGCAACUCUUCUUCACUUUAAACAAAAAUCAUUUGCGCAAGUCAUCAGUCACCAGACGACUCGAUGGUCCUCGUCGAUCCUCGACGGACGAACAAUAAUUUAGUAUAUAAGAAUGAGCUAAGCUGACAUCAUAACCCUAAAACACGAAUCAAUGAAAAUACGUUCGGAUUCUUUUAGAAAUGAUAGGUAUUUUCUAUUAUAUUAUGGAAAUUAAAUGUACAUGCUUAAAGAUUAUUAUCAUAAAUUUAAAAUCCAUUUAAAAUAAAAAUUAAAGACUAUUUUAUUUGGUUUUGAAAAUUAAGUUGUUGUUUUUUUUAAAAUUAAAAAUAAAUCAUCCACUGAACAUUAAAAUUAUUAAUUCAUAAGAAACUUUUACUGGGGAAAACCAAAUAUCGUAGUUGUUGUUUUUUUAAUAUUAAAUAUUUAACAUUGCAAAAUUAAUAUCCAAAUGUCUUUAAACGAUAUGAAAUUAAUAUUUUCAAUUUAAAAAAAAAAUGUCUGACGUCAACAUUUAAAUUCCCCAAUCACAAGCUAUUAAAUUUGUUGGGGCAAUAACUGCGUAAUACAAAAGUGAUAUUUCUUUUUUUUCCUUUUUCAAUAUAUAAAAAGAUUAAUCAAUAUAAUUGAUUUCUUUUUAAUUUGUUAAUACACAACACCAAAUUUUAACUCCGUAUUUUUAAAAUUCUACAAAUUUUACAAUCUUCCCUUUUUUUUUUUUUAAAUGUUCGUUUUAUCAUAUUUGUAAAGCAAUAAAAACUUUACCAUUGAAAUUUUCUCAUAAGAAUGUUACGUACCUUAAGGAAUUUAGUGCAAUGAAAAUUUUAUAAUUUUUUUCCUUUUUUAAUAUAUAAAAAGAUUAAUCAAUAUAAUUGAUUUCUUUUUAAUUUGUUAAUACACAACACCAAAUUUUAACUCCUUAUUUUUAAAAUUCUACAAAUUUUACAAUCUUCCCUUUUUUUUUUUUUAAAUGUGCGUUUUAUCAUAUUUGUAAAGCAAUAAAAACUUGACCAUUGAAAUUUUCUCAUAAGAAUGUUACGUACCUUAAGGAAUUUAGUGCAACGAAAAUUUUAUAAGCAAAUCCCACCCACUAAUUAACUGAUCACGCAUCCAAAACAAAAACAAACCAAAGGAUGUUGCAUUUGGCUCGUUUUGUUAUUGUUAUCACAAAACCUAAUAGUGCUACCGAUUUUAACUUUGGUAGAGCUUGUUAUCUCGAAAGAAGAAAUAACAUUUCUUUUUUCUUUUUUCAUUUCUUAAAAUUUUUUUUUUUUUUUAGAAAAUGAUGUUAAGCUCAGUUCGUGCGAUCAAAUUCCUUUCAAUUUUUUUUUCAUAGAUUUGAUGCAAUUUUUGUAUGAAGCCUUGUCACAACUUUCAAAAUUACUAUUUGAUUUUAUUCUUAAUUUUGUCAAAAAAAGAAACCACGCACAAAAUUGGGCGUUCAUACAAACAUUUGACGCAUAUUUGAAGCUUAUUUUAAAGGAAUUUGAUCGUGUGAACUGACGCUAAAGGAUUUAACAUUUUAUUUUUACUAAAGUUCAGACGCCUGCAAAAAAUGUGUAAAAGUGUAAGUGGCUUGGGGAAAGGGGGGGGGGCUAUCAUCCAGUGGAUGAUUUUAUUAGUGUUUAUUAAAAAAACGGUGAGGUUAGGGAUAUUUGAUACUUCCGUUUAGCUCCAGGCAGCACAAGAUACACCUCAAGAACAAGAAGUGAAUUAGAUAAAUACAUAAUCUCCUCCUGUCAAAACAUACAAGGGGCGGGGCUUAGGAGUGUACAUACGUAUAUGGAUGACAAUUUAUUUAAAUCAAAUGACAUUACGGUCGUGAAGAAAGAGAUGCUACAUAUUCUUUUUAAAGAAAUAAAUAUGUUUUAUAGACUUCAGAAAAUUUAGUUAAAGGGCGUUGAUAAAUAAUAGGUACAAUGACAUUAAGGGACCCAUACCUCCAAUAGAACCUCAAAAUCCAAUCUUUUUACACACUUUAAACUUUAACCUUAAAAAUAGAUCCAUUUUUAUUUUUUUCACUGUUAUGGGGCGUGAAUAAAAGUAAGAUUAAGGUUCUCUUUAAAAUUAGGAACAUGUAUUUUUGUCCCCCACUUUGCCAAUAAGCAGAGAUCACGGGAAAGUGUGUGUAAAUAUACGUGUGAUGAAUACUAUUUCUUUACAAAAGAAAGAAGACAUGACACUCAAGGCUGUCACAGACGUGAAAAAGGUUUACGAGAUUCUCCUUUAGAUAAAGGGACUUGGUGCUUUAAGAUUUUCAGAUAAUGUUGUAGAGAAGCGAGGAAACAUUAUUAUUUCAUUUUAAUGAAGACAACAAUAAAUCAAUUUCCGUUAAUUAAUGUAACUUUAGAUUUGAAAAUGUAUAUAGAUCCUCUGUUGUUACUUUAAGGGCAUGUUAUACAUUUUUCGAGAAAUUUAAAGUGUAGUUCAAGGAGAGCAAAAAGGGUCAGGAUCGUCAUAUAUUGCAUGGCAGAUAAAUAUUUCUCAAAACUAAAUGUUGUUAGAGAGGCAAAAAUGAAUAAAUUUAAGAAAAAUCUGAUUACAUUUUUCUUCUAAAUUUUCAUGUCAAGGACAAGAAAUAUUGCCGCACGUUUUACAGCAGUUAUGUACGUAAAAGUUUGGUAGUUUGGAUUCCCGCAUAGAUACAGUAAAACGACAUAUGGAAUGCACUCUUUUGAAGCGAUGGGGCCAAAACUAUGGAACAUAGUUUUGGCCCCAUUGUUUGAGGGAAAUUGAAAAUGAUAAAAACACAUUUAAGAAACAUUAAAAGACGUUUUUAUUUAAAUUGAUUUAAAAACAUCAGAGCGGCGUACGCAUGCUAAAUUGGCAUGGAUACAAGCGAUAUAUAAAUCUUCAAUUCAAUUCAAUUCUAUUAAUAUCCCGGUAUCAACUUCUAUCACCACAAAAAAUGUUUUAACUAAUACCUUCCAUCUAAUCUGAUCUACAUUAAUGUCUCUCCCCAAGUUACAGUUCUUUUAGAGCCGUGUUGUCAAACCAAUGCUAAAAACACAAGUCAUGAUCCAGCAAAACUACAGCACUUCAUUUGACACGCAAACCUUUACUGAACUAUGUGUUUGACACAUAAACCUGCACUGAACUAUGUGUUUGACACAUACAUGUGUACUGAACCAUAUAUUCGAAACAUAAACUUGUACUAGACUAUAUGUUUGACACAUAAAUUUGUACUGAACUAUAUAUUGGUAACUUAAACCUUACUGAACUAUAUGUUCGACCCGAACAUCUGUUGUGAAAUAAUAAUAUGAAAUUAGCAUGUGAAAAUGAACUUGAGACGUACCUUAGUCUUUAAAUGUAUUUUUCCACCAGAUUUUGCGGUGGCCCAAAUUCACCUUGGACCUAUCGGUAAUGCAGGGCCUCCCACUUGUUACAACUGUGAUGAUGAGGAUAAUAUUUUUCCUGCCUGUGUCAACAAACAGGUCACAUGUCACCUUGACGAGGUAAUUGGUACUUACAAUUUAUUGUCUAGUACUGGGUACCUUUGUUCUUACCAAUACGACCAGUCAUUUUCGGAUCGAAAAACAAAGAGAGAGAGAGAGAGAGAGAGAGAGAGAGAAAUAGAGAGAGAAAUAGAGAGAGGGAGAGAGAGAGAUACGUGAGAAAAAUGUGAAAGAAAAAAUAGAUUGAUAAAAAGAUGGAUACAUGAAUAGAUAGAUGAUGGAUGGAUUGAUGGAUAGAUAUUUAAAUAGAUAGAUAGAUAGAUAGAUAGAUAGAUAGAUAGAUAGAUAGAUAGAUGGAUAGAUAGAUAGAUAGAUAGAUAGAUAGAUAGAUAGAUAGAUAGAUAGAUAGAUAGAUAGAUAGAUAGAUAGAUAGAUAGAUAGAUAGAUAGAUAGAUAGAUAGAUAGAUAGAUAGAUAGAUAGAUAGAUAGAUAGAUAGAUAGAUAGAUAGAUAGAUAGAUAGAUAGAUAGGUAAUCGUAUCGUUCUCCUACCACAGGUCUGCUCAGUAAGAUAUGGACAUGGACUACCCACAUUCAAGUGCCAGAAAAACAAUGUAAGUUAAAGAUCAUGACGUAACACGUAAUCUGUGCCCCACGUGAAAUGAAGGUGUUUCAACAAUGGUUACAUAUAAAAACAACAAACAUAUUAAAAUCAAUAUUGCCACAAAGUUUAUUCUAUAAUGCAGUAUCUUUUUAUAAAAUAAAAAAAUCUAUUACAUUGCUUUCACAUUUGAGCAAUUAUUGCGAUUCUUGAAGAGAAAAUGAUUAAGAGAACUUUAAAGAAGCAUUUGCACGAAAUAAAAAAUCCAUGUAAAUGCAAGCAAUGAAUUAUAAUGUAAAUAAUAAUGCAAAAAAGAAAUACAUUUAAUAAUACAAAUAUUUAUAUAAAUACUAAUACAAAUACUAGCACUAAUUAAAAUAAUAAUUUAAUAAAAAAAUUAAUAAAAACAAAACAAAACAAUGAAAACAAUAUGUGAUAUAGACAUUUUUCAUACAAAAAAUUCAGCUGAUUUUUAAAUGUUACAAAAAAAACACCCUUUUUUUUUUUUUUUUUUUAAGUNUAACGGAAACUCUUUUAAAAUUUUGCAUCCUUCUGUUUUAAUAGAAAUUAUUAUAUUUUUGUGAAACUAUUUUUUUGAGAAGAAAAAAAAAAAAUAUUAAAAAAAAAAAAAGAAAGGUAACUAAACCAUUCUAUUUUUGUAAUAAAAAUCAAGUAAAGAAAACACAUUUUUAAAAACGUUUAUUUUAACUGCAAAUCUUUUUAUCAUAAAUAUUUAUUAUAAAAAUGAUCGUAUCAGUUUUCAAUUUUGGGACCUCCAAAUAAUUUUGUUUAGGUAGUAAAUCAAUGAUGAGACGGGGGAAAAAAGCACAAGGCGACUAAAUGAUAAAACAUCAAAAAAUCUUAAAAUUUCCACUUGCACACCACUAUGUACAAUUAUCUUUUUAAAAGUCAGUCAGUAUGCUUUUGGUCAUGAGUUAAAGAUUUAAUCAGCUGAUUAAAAGAAAUGAUUAUAUAUAUAUAUAUAUAUAUAUAUAUAUAUAUAUAUAAUAUAUGCAGGGUGGGCCAAUAACAUUGAGAACAUUUCGUAGCGUAAUAUUUUACGAGAUAUAUAUAUUCGUUGGUGUAAUUUAUUAACAUCGAAUAAGAUUUUAAAAAGGCCCUUAAAAAUCAAUUUACCUAGUUUCAUGGUAACAUUUUUCUUGCACUUAAAUUGAAUGCUUUAAAAAAAAAACAAAACAUUGACAUAUUACAGAGUUGUGUCAGGGACGUUUCACAUCCUUUGGGGAAUUGUACCGGCGGCGGUGUGCAGGUGGAUCAGGAUUCGUGUGAGCUCUGCUGUCAUACAACGGAAUGUGUGCAGGAAAUCAAGGGAGCACUUCUUCAAGAGUUCCGUAUGUACAAAUACAAACUCAAUGAAUUCACGUCGCGUGUCUGACAUUAACGACAAGAAAUGAGUGGCGUUAAGGGCAAAGAAUUAUUCGGAAACGUGAAAAAAUUUUUGACUCUCCUAAAAAUACGCCACAAAAACAGCCACUCCUAAAACAGACAACACAAAAACAGACAACACAAAAACAGACAACACAAAAACAGACAACACAAAAACAGACAACACAAAAACAGACAACACAAAAACAGACAACACAAAAACAGACUACACUAAAUGGACAACAAAAAGACAGGCACCACAAAACGAACACCACAUAAAAAAAGAUAUCACAUAAAAAAGACACCACAAAACAGAUACCACAUAAAAAAAACACCAAAAACUGACACCACAUAAACAGACACCACAAAGCAGACAGAAGAUAAAAAAUAAAGCAUAAAACAGAAAUCACAAAGCAGUCAAAACACAAAGGAGACACCACAUGAAAAGACAACAAAAGACAGACACCAUAUAAAUAAGACACCCCAAAACAGACACCACAUAAAAAAGACACACCAUAAAAAACACCACAAACAGACGCCACAAAGAAGACACACAUGAAACAGACACCACAAAGCAGACACCACAAAACGGACACCACCAAAGAAACUCCACAUAAAUAGGACAACGCAAAACAGACAUCACAUGAAACAGACACCACAACGUCCAAAACAGAAAAAUAAAAUGUAUAUGGAUGAUCUGUUUGUGAAUGCCUCAUGCUGUUUAGGACAGAUUCAUGAGACAUAAACAAUUUGUACACAAUAAAGCAAUAUCUCUUCAGCUUUAGUGAUGAUUUUAAAAAAAUAUAAAUGUUAACGUUUCGGUAUUCGUCAGUAAAAAAAAAAAAAAAUUAAAUAAGUAUAAAUAAAUUAAAUUCACAUACCUGUAAUUUUUAACUACAUGCUUCCUAACUAAUAAUUAGCAAGGAAUAAGACUGGCCGCAAACACAGACGAAACAAAGUUAAGCAGAAUGGAAAGGAAGUGAGUUUAAAUGCAUCGCGUUUUUAGCAGAGGAACUCAAAAUCAGGUCUUCCUCUGUAUUUAACCCGCGAUUAAAAUUACUAUGCAUAAUAAAUUGGUAGUCUAUACAUUACUUGGACAUUUCACUCAAAGUCUUUACCCUUGAUUUCCAAUUGAUGGGUUUUUUUGCACUUAUAAACAGCUUGAUUGGAUACAGAACAAAAUAAUGGUGUGUAAUUGAUUCAAUCUUACUCAAUUGCAAAAUCUUGCACAUUCAAUCUCACUCAAAUGCACAAUUUUGCUCAAGUUCACAAUCUUACAAAAUCUUUGAGUAAAUGGAAAACUUUAUUUUUUAGCACUGCACUUACCGUAUCACGGUCUAUUCUGCCCCGGACAUUGCAUAGAGACUGAGCUGGCAACGUGCAUCACCACUGGAGCCUAUUGCCACGACGGACAGGUAGUUCGGUGCUAUGUCUGUACAAAUGUGUCUGCCACAAAGUCUUAACAACUAAGUUUUUUUUUUUUUUUUACGGCGCAAGAAACGUGAAAAAUAAAUAAUAUUUUAGUUGAUAUGACUUAAAGUUAUACACAAUUUAAUUAUGUGACCCAUUUUAUUAUCCGUAGAAAGAAGCUGAUGCUUCUUAUAUUGUACCAAUAUCAGGAUAUUCGUAAUAGGCCAUAGACUUUACCAAUAAAAAAAUCAUCUACUCAUUUUUUUCUUCUAACUACAGUUUUGUAAAGUUGGGAUUAAUGACCGUUUAAUGGUCCAGGGACAUUGUACAGACACCGAAGACAUUCAGGUGAGUUAUUGGAACAAAAUAAUUAGCGUCUUGUACAUACUCGGUUGUUUUGUAAAUAUAUGUCUCUGUAGUGUCUGACGAAAAUGGUAAAGGUAAGAAAUAUCACAAGCUAGACGAAAUUCGGUGUGGGAUUGGGGUGAGGCGGAAAAAUCGUUUUUAAUUUUGGUUAUGUUUUCUUUUUGAAUAUAACUUUGUGGGGUCAAAAUUAUGAUUGUUGAUGUAUAGCUCCCUUAAUAUUUCAAGCUCAACUUAAAAAAGUGUCAAUUUUAUGUGUAAUUUGUUUUAAUGUACACAAAAUCCUCUCCUUAUCUCUGAAAUUUAGACAGAUAUGGUGACAUCCUGAUAUUUUGCACCCUAAUUUGGUGAAACCCUGAUAGUGUUGCACCCUUAUUUGGUGACAUCCUGAUAUUUUGCACCCUAAUUUGGUAACACCCUGAUAGUUAUGCACCAUAAUUUGGUGACAUCCUGAUAUUUUGCACCCUAAUUUGGCGACACCCUGAUAGUGUUGCACCUUAAUUUGGUGACACCCUGAUAGUGUUGCACCUUAAUUUGGUGACACCCUGAUAGUGUUGCUGCCUAAUUUGGUGACAGCCUGAAAGUGUUGCACCCUAAUUUGGUGACACCCUGAUAGUGUUGCACCCUAAUUUGGUGACACCCUGAUAGUGUUGCACCCUAAUUUGGUGGCACCCUGAUUGUGUUGCACCCUAAUUUGGUGACACCCUGAUAGUGUUGCACUGAGCUGAAUUUUUUAGCUGUAUUAUGAGAAAAACAAAACGUGUGAACCCCUUAUAAAUUUGUCAUUGCCCAUAGGGUGCAACCUUCUUCAAGAUCGCCCCCUGGUUAUUUUUACGACACUGACAGCAUGACAUUCUUAAGAAUGUUCUUUGUUUCGUUCCCAGGAAUGCUUUGACGACAAGAGUGAAGACCCGUGUGUCCUACCCGUUGGUCAGGCCGGACACAUGUCCAAAUGUGUAUGGGACUGUUGCUCGACGUCGGCCUGUUUGAUUGCACACUUUGGCGCAUACAUGGGUAGCACGAUCAAAAACUUUUUGUCGAACUGGUUGCCCAACAUUUUUUUUUUUUUUGGUUCAUUACCGCUACACAGCGUUCAUUCUUUUAUUAAUUUUAAAAAAAGGAAAAUAUUUCUUUUCAGCACAUUGUGCAUAUACCUUUUCAGCACAUUGUGCAUAUACCUUUUCAGCACAUUGUGCAUAUACCUCUUCAGCACAUUGUGCAUAUACCUUUUCAGCACAUUGUGCAUACACCUUUUCAGCACAUUGUGCAUAUACCUUUUCAUCACAUUGUGCAUAUACCUUUUCAGCACAUUGUGCAUAUACCUUUUCAGCACAUCGAUAAAUACGUCUUUUAAUGAAGACAAAUUUCCACAUUUUACAAGUAAAAAAGACUUUUCACACAAGACAUCUACAUUAAACUGUUUCUCUGGUGUAAAAAAAAACGACAACAACCAAAACCACCAAUCAGUGAGCCAACUUAGUCAUAAUAGGGACUGAGGCGUCAAAUAAGCCGAAAAGGAGUAUAAGGGAAGAGAUUUCGUUUUGCGUACAGUUUUACUCAUUAAAAAAUUUGACUUAUAUUGCAGACAUUGGAUCUGUAUGAAGGUCUCUGUCUUAAUAUACUUUAUAAUGUUGUUGGGGUAAAAAAAAACCUUGUAGAUAUAUAAAUAUAUAUAUAUUUGUAUCGUGCAAAAUAAAUAUGAGGAUUUUGUUUAUUUCAACCGAAAUUCCACAGCUGAUUUUCGUGGCAUGAUACUGAAACAUUUGGUCUACAUUUUGUUACAGCGAUCAAUUAAAAAUAAUAUAUAUAUAUAUUAUUUAUAUUUAAAAUUUGAAGGCGCUGCGAUAUAACAACUUUGUUAACUUUAAUUCACUCAAUUUUAUGAAGACUGCAAUUUGUUGACCUGACCUUUGGUUUAAUGUUUAUAGAUGACACAAUCAUCAGUCAAACAACAGUUACACACGUGGCGGCCACCCUAGCCCCGACACCCCCUCCAACGCAAGCCCCGACACCCCCGCCAACGCAAGCCCCGACACGUAAGUAUAUUUCCUAGGCUUUUAAAAAUAAUGAUAAUAUUCAGGGAUCGAGUUGUGAGCAGUGUCUGUUUCAGACAUCACUCCUUAAGAGUGGACCGGGCUGCCCCCCCCCCCCGAGCAAGUCAACUGCCACCCAGCCCCGGAGUAAAAUACGUACGCAAAAUAAGCGAAAAUAUACUUUAAAAAAAAAACAAAAACAAACAACCUGCUUAAUAAAAGAAUUCAUAGACAUAGAAACAUUUCAUGGAUUAAAGUAUGAUUUUUUUUUAAACUUGUUGCUACGAUCGAUAGAUUUAAUUAUCGGAAUAUAUAAGGUAAUUUUAGAUCCACGAUAGGGUUCGCAAUACCAUUCUAUUUCGAAGUACCAAGUUUAAAGACUUACAUUAUGGGAACAAUUGCAAACGCUACUUGGAACGAUGCGAAUUCGAAAUUCCUUUCAGUCACUAUAAUUUCAUAUAUCAUAAUAUUUUAAAAAAUUGUAUUACUAAAUAUAAAACACUGCAAUAUUUUUGUUUAAACUUCUAUUUUUCACUAAAAUAAAAUGAAAUUAUUGUUUGAUAGGGUUUGAUUGUAUAAAAUUAGCAUGAGUAAAUGUAAAGUUAUCACUACAAUUAUUUUAAUAUUGAUAUAACCAUUCUAUAAUAUUUUUCAACGCAUUUUCUUUUUCAUCUGGUAAAUAUUUUAAAAUAUUAGGAGAAAUAAUUGUUAUAACUGCUAUUUGUGACAGCAAUAUUUUUGGUAUGGAAAUAUUUUUAAAAAAAAGGUAUUAAUGACGUAGUUUUAAGAAAUAAAUUGUUCUCCUAAUAAAAUUUAAAGUGACUGAAAUAUAAAUUUUAUUUUUUAUUUAUUUUUUUUUUAUUUUUUUUGUUUUUAAUUUUUUUAAAUUGUGUGCUUGGUGGCCGAGCUGUCUGAACUGACUUAAUCUAAACAGCUGACGAUCUGGUAAGACAAAAUCCCGAGAACCCCAGUGGGAUAGGUCUCGUUAGUCUUGGAAGACGACACAUCUAAGAGAAGGCAAACUCUUUAUUCAAACCAGCAGCCAAAAUGAUCCAUAAAUUGAUCGUGGGCCCCUAAAAAAAAAAAAAUGAAUAAAAAUGAACCCCAUUUUUAAUACCGAAUUUGGAUCGGGGGAGCCUUGGGUGAACUCGAUUUCCGCCUUACGCCCCAUAAAUGUGACUAAGCUGGGACCAAAAUAUUACUUCAUUCAUGCCGUAAUCUUAAAGUUUUGCGUGCCUUCUGCAUACCUAAAUUUACGCUCUGAUGAUUGAACACCGCUCUGUUAGCUUACAUGAAGUAGUAACCUCAUCUGAUAACAAGAUUCUAGAAGAAAGACUGAAUUCCGGCAUUGGUCUCCAUUCAUGUUUGUGAUUGUAUUGAAAUACUCACAUUGAAAGACGAUUAUGUUACAGCGACAUCGGUCAACUGCUACCAGUGUGAUGGUGAUGUGUGUCACCAUAAUGAAAAGAACGCCACGUGUCCUGGCGGAUUCUGCAUGCUGACAGUCGACGAAGACACGGGUGGCAGUCGGCUUGUUAACAAAAGGUGAGAUCCUAGAGGCUUAAUAUAUAUAUAUAUAUAUAUAUAUAUAUAUAUAUAUAUAUAUAAAUGUUGACCCUUCAAUUAAUCUAAUUACGUUGACGAACGAAAAUUAAGUAAAUGGAUUCUGCAUGCUGACAGUCGACGAAGACACGGGUGGCAGUCGGCUUGUUAACAAAAGGUGAGAUCCUAGAGGCUUAAUAUAUAUAUAUAUAUAUAUAUAUAUAUAUAUAUAUAUAUAUAUAAAUGUUGACCCUUCAAUUAAUCUAAUUACGUUGACGAACGAAAAUUAAGUAAAAAUUAUGAAAAAGUAUAAUAAAUGAGAAGAACUCCAUAACAAAAAAACUACACUAAAUUAAUUCUCGACGAAGUUCAUUAAACUUCCAAGACCCGACCUUGUCGUGAUAAGGAGGGUUGAGUGUGUGCUAGGGGUCCAUACUUGCAAGAUGUCCAGUCUAAGAAGUUCACAGCUUACAAGCUUUGCGUGAGAUCUCGGCAUUGGUUUCGCGAGCGAUAUAAAAAAAAAAUCAUUAAAAAAACAACCAAUGCAAAUUCAUGCAAGUGUGGUCACAGAGAAGACACUCCACAAAUAGGGAUUAUGAAGCGUCGCUAGAAAAAAAAAAAAGAAAGUAAUAAGCUUAGAAUUGAACUUGCCUAUAGAUUGAAGGCCUUAGAAAAUGUUGAUGAACAAGAUGACAUCCUCACUAUGUGAAUUCAAACUGUAUGGAUGCAUUAACCACCCUAGAAGCAAAUGAAAAGGACUGCGGUUGUAGCAGACAUUAAUGAAAUUUGACUCUCACCCAUCGUUGAAAAAAGGUGCUUGAAUUUUUUCGACAGAAUAUAUCCGGCAAGGAAUAAUCCAUUUGGAAACAAGUUUAAUAUGAUUAAUUACAACUGUCUUUAUAAAUAGAAAAAAACUUUAAUCAUGGUGUUGGGCAGCUGGGUGACCGAGUGGUCUAAACUGAUUCGAUCCCCAACAAGGCCCCCCCAAAAACAAAAACAUUAUCGGGUGGAUGGGACUCGUUAACCUUGGAUGGCAACUCACAUAAGAGAAAGGAAGCUCUGAAUUUAAAACACAGAGAUGGAGUCCCGUAGGUGGAUAACAUUAGCUCAAUGAAAAACGUUUCGACAACUCCUGCGACGCCACUGGCCCCAAGCUGUAUCAUCCACAUGAUGCUCCCUUGGGUUAUCCAGCAGCGUGGAGAGAGAGAGAGAGAGAGAGAGAGAGUCGAUUUGCUAUCGAGGGAAACAGGUUACAAUCCUAAAAAAGAAUAAUCCGAGGCCUUGUGGAUUUCGUCCUGCGAAGUCUACACCAUCGUCACAUGGUGACGGACGGAUGCCAGGAUAAACCGCUGAAAUGGCGCUCGUCCGCCGCUAGCCAAGAUGACCUACGCAGCUGUUUACAAUAUUAAGCUUUACAAUAGUAAUGCUUAAAUUCUGUUACCUUGACAGUUAUGCACUACAGAAUUAAUGUGGAACCUACGUUUUGAUUUUAAACAAAUGUACUUCCGUUUCUAACACAACGCUUCAGUUUCUAAAGAUAGACUUUGAAACUAAAAUGUUGAUCAAAAUCUUCAAACACAUACAUUUUACAUUUCCAUUUCUUUUAUCCCUUCGUGUUGUGUCUUGUCAGCUGAAGAAGGCGUUUAGCCGAAACGUCCUUGUAAGGGAGCUCAUUUUUACAGCCGUAAACAUAUCCUAGUCCACUACUUAUUUUCUUUUUGGCAUAUUUUAUGAAAGGUCUGAGUGAUUAUGGUACUAUAGAAAGUUAUAGACUGCUUAGUGCUAAAUUUUGGUGUAUUCAUCAGAUGUUCCGAUGAGACUGAGUGCUAUAACAGCUGGAGCAACGGUUGGAGAGAUGACCAGCUUUGCGCCAAAUAUCUUUUGACGCCAAAGGAAAUGAGCGGUCAAGAUAUGUCGUGCAGGUUCUGCUGUACCGGAGACUUCUGCAACAAUCACAUUGACAUACAGAAUGUUCACAAAUUUUAAUGAACUUUAUUUGCUCUGUCGUAUUAGAAACAGCAGUGUUAAUCCUGGUUUGAUAUCCAUAGAUCCACCCUAUAUAGAUGAGCUUAUUUACUCUUAUAUAUUUAAUAUAUACCAAUUUCUAACUUUUCUCUUUUCUCUUCAGUAUAAAAACACUAACAAUAUUCCAACCAUUCCCUGACCAAAAAUCACUGCAAGUCAUUCUUUCGAACACAACAGGAAACCCUCAUAUAAUGUUAUAUCGUUUGGUAAAUUUCUAAACAGAUUUGUAAAAAUUUAUUAUCAUUAUAAUUUUUUUUUUGUAUGAUAAAAGUUACUAUUGAAAUAAGUGUUGUUCUUCCUCUCUGACGAUGUUCAUACGUAGCUUCCACUGACUUCGAGCUCUGAAGAAAAUUGUAAAAAAUAUAUAGGUU